CAGGCAGAGUUAGAAAGAGUUUCGAAGUUGAUCUAGUAAAAGGAAACACCAUAGGCGCGUGCGAUUCACCUUCUAAUCCUCGAUUCAAAAUGUCCGGUCGCCACGAGAAGGAGAAAGGCGUGAAUGUGCAAGUCCUUCUGCGUUGCAGGCCGUUUAGUGAGGACGAGCUAAGAAACAACGCGCCGCAAGUCGUGACUUGUAAUGACUACCAGAGAGAGGUCUCCGUUUCGCAGAGUAUCGCCGGGAAGCAUAUCGAUAGGGUUUUCACUUUUGAUAAGGUUUUUGGUCCUUCAGCUCAGCAAAAAGAUUUAUAUGAACAAGCGAUGGUUCCUAUUGUGAAUGAAGUUUUGGAAGGUUUUAACUGUACCAUUUUUGCUUAUGGUCAAACUGGUACAGGGAAAACAUUCACGAUGGAGGGUGAAUGCAAAAGGUCAAAGAGCGGGCCCAAUGGAGAAUUGCCUGCAGAAGCAGGAGUCAUACCUAGAGCUGUUAAGCAGAUUUUUGAUACACUUGAGAGCCAGAAUGCAGAGUAUAGUGUGAAAGUUACUUUCUUAGAAUUGUACAAUGAGGAGAUCACUGAUCUACUUGCCCCGGAGGAAAUUGCAAGAGUUCCUUUGGAGGAGAAACAAAAAAAGCAGUUGCCUCUUAUGGAGGACGGGAAAGGUGGAGUACUUGUAAGAGGUUUGGAGGAGGAAAUUGUUACAAGUGCAAGUGAAAUUUUCACUCUACUGGAACGGGGAUCUGCAAAACGCAGAACUGCUGAAACUUUGUUAAAUAAACAAUCAAGUCGGUCGCAUUCUCUGUUUUGCAUCACGAUACACAUAAAGGAAGCUACCCCUGAGGGUGAAGAACUAAUUAAAUGUGGCAAACUGAAUUUGGUUGAUUUAGCUGGCUCAGAAAAUAUAUCUCGUUCUGGUGCUAGAGAGGGUCGUGCAAGAGAGGCUGGUGAAAUUAACAAAAGUUUACUUACUUUAGGGCGAGUCAUUAAUGCUCUUGUGGAGCAUCUUGGCCAUAUCCCAUACAGGGAUAGCAAGCUUACUCGGUUACUUCGUGAUUCACUCGGGGGAAGAACCAAGACAUGCAUUAUAGCUACAGUUUCUCCUGCAGUUCAUUGUCUGGAAGAGACCUUAAGUACACUGGAUUAUGCCCACAGGGCAAAGAAUAUUAAAAAUAAGCCCGAGAUUAACCAAAAAAUGAUGAAAUCAACUCUUAUAAAGGACCUCUAUGGUGAAAUUGAUCGACUUAAAGCUGAGGUUUAUGCUGCCCGUGAGAAAAAUGGCGUCUAUAUCCCAAAGGAGCGGUACUAUCAGGAGGAGAGUGAAAGGAAGGCUAUGGCUGAUCAGAUUGAACAAAUGGGGGUUCAGUUAGAAAACCAUCAGAAGCAACUUGAAGCAUUGCAAGAUAAAUAUGUUUCCCAGGUUCGACAGUGCUCUGAUUUGAGCAGCAAACUUGAACUGACUGAGAAAAACUUGAAUCAAACCAGUAAAUUGCUUGCCAACACUGAGGAAGAACUGAAGAAGUGUUGGUAUGCUCUAAAGGAGAAGGAUUUUGUUAUUUCUGAACAGAGAAAAGCAGAAAAUGCUCUGGCUCAUCAAGCAAGUGUUUUACGGUCUGACUUACAGAAAGCUCUUCAGGAUAACACAUCUUUGUUCCAAAAAAUUGGAAGAGAAGAUAAACUUAAUGCUGAUAACAGAUCAGUUGUUAUCAAUUUUCAACAGGAGCUUGCUCAACAAAUUGGCUCUCUUUGCAGCAUGGUGGACUCAUCAAUGUCUCAACAAAAUGAACACCUUAGGCAUGUUGAGGAUCUCUGCCGUUCCUUUUUAGACAUACACGAUAAGGUGGUUAUUGAUAUGAAGAAGAAAGUAACAGCUUCAAGGGCUUUGUAUAUUUCCCACAUGGAGGCAGUGCAAAAUGUUGUCCGUCUGCACAAAGCAAGCUCAAAUGCCUGUUUAGAUGAAAUUUCAGCUCUGGCUUCUUCUAAUGCACAGUCUAUUGAAGAUUUCCUAGCAGCAGAAGCUAAAGAAGCAGCUUCAAUAUAUGAUAAUCUUCAAACUACACUAUCAACUCAACAAGGAGAAAUGGCUCUCUUUGCAAGGGAACUGCGUCAGAGGUUCCUUGCAACUGUUGAGAAAACAAAGGACAUUUCUGAGUACACUAAUGGAUUUAUCCAGAACCUUUUAGAAGAGUCGAAAAGGUUAGAAAAUUAUGCAGUGAAAGCUGACGAAAUUCAAAUGAAGAGCAUUGCAGAUUUUCAGAAGGCUUAUGAGGAGCAGUCAAAGUCGGAUGCUGAAAAGCUUAUUGCUGAUAUGACUAAUUUAGUUUCAGAUCACAUUCGUCGUCAAAAGGACUUGGUGGACGCAAGGCUUGUUGAUCUUAGAGAAAGUGCCGCUGCAAACAAGACAUUUUUAGAUGGUCGCGUUACAUCGAUGGAGGGUAUCACGACAGAUGCUAAACGAAAAUGGCAGGCAUUUUCUAUGCAAGCAGAAAAUGAUGCCAAAGAUGGUGCUGAUAAUGCUUCUGCCAAACAUUGUCGUAUGGAGUUACUUCUACAGGAAUGUGUAAGCACUGGUGAAUCAGCCUUUAAGCAUUGGCAAAGGACCCGUGAAGUGGUGAAUGAGAUGGGGAGUAAACAUGUUUCUGCAUUAGUUUCACUUACCAGGAAUGCUUCUGAUAGUAACGAGCAGAAUGAUAUUGAGGUUGACACAGCUCGGGUGGCCGCAGAGCAAGAUGUGGCUGAAAACAGUGAAGAAGUCCUCCAGCAAAUUGAUUGUACAUCACAGCAGGAGCAGACUUCAAUAUCUGGAAUUUUAGAUGGUGUAAAGGCUCAUGAGAAAACGCUUGAACUAUUCCGGGGGAGUCACUCAGGGCAAGCUAUAUCCAUUAAUGAGAAGGCACAAGAAACCUUCCAGCAGCGAUAUAUGGAUUAUGACCCUACUGGCACAACUCCAACGAGGUGUGAAUCAGAGGCUCCUAGUAAGGGGACUAUUGACUCACUUAGAGCAAUGCCAAUGGAGUCUUUAAUUGAGGAGUUUCGAGAAAACAAUUCAUACGAAUCAUUUGAAGUGAAAGAAUUAAAACCGUCACUCAUACCACGUUCGCCGCUCACCCAAAUCAACUAAGAGCAGCUGAGGUCUCAUUUAUUUUUUUUGUGAGUUGGAAAUUAAAUUUGUAUCUGUAUCAUUAGUGUAAAACUGUUAUUAAUAGCUUCAUUUGAUGAUUGCUAGGAUACAGAAAGGUGGUGGUGGUGGUGGGGGGUAUAUUGCUAGUUUGUAGAAGGGUGUAGUAAUGAAUAAUCCCGUCUUGGGAUUGAAUCUUAUGGUUAAAACUGAGCAAUGUAAAUUUGAGGUAGACUCUAUCUACACUUGGGGGUCUAAGUUUUAUUGAAGAGUACUGGAUGUGUUGAGCAAUUUAUCGUUGUAAUGUAUUAUUGGCUUGAAAAAAACAUUGUCAAGCAGUGAUGUGAUUAUUUUGAAUCAUUUAGCUGCU